AUGGUCAAGCAGACAUCCCCGUUCUUGCGUCUCCCUACCGAGAUCCGUCUCAUGAUUUACGAAGAACUGCUCCUCCCGCCCGCAUCCAGCGAGCCAUGUCCUCCCAGCGCCAAAUUCGUCGCCCCGGUCUACCGCAAGGAUGAGGAGCAGCAGCAGCAGCAGCAGCAGCAGAGCGGCGCCACCACCACCGCCUCCCACCAUCUCCGCGCCCCGCGCACCCUCCAGAUCCGCACCCUCGACCCGGACAGCGCGGCCGCCUCGUCCAUCCUCUCCUCGCCGACGCGGCCGCGCUACCACAUCCGCGACGCCAUGCGCACCCGCACCGUGACGACGACGUACGCGCUGGCCAACAACCCGGGCCUGCACCCGGCCAUCCUGCGCGCGUGCCGCCAGUGCCACGCCGAGGCCGCGGAGCUGCUGUACGGCGCCUACGUCUUCGACUUCGACACGCACGUCGAGGCCGUCGUGCCCUUCCUGGCCGCCCUCACCCCGCCCGCCCGCGCCCGCGUCGCCCGCGUCGCCCUCGUCAAGCGCGCCCUGCCGUCCGUCAAGGAGUUCGACCGCGCCGAGUGGCGCGCCGCCUGCGAGUACAUGGCGCGCGAGCUCGCCGUGCCGGCGCUGACCCUCUCGCUCGGCGUCGUUGCCGGGAAGCCGCCGCCCGCGGCUGCUGCUAGUAGUAGUGAUGAGGAGGGAAGAAGCGGGUGGGACGAGGUGCCCGCGCUCGCCGUCGAGCACUUCCGGCUCAUCCAGCCGCGGAGCCUCGGGAGCAGGCCGUCGUCCGGCACGGCCACGCCGACGGACAACAACGGCGGCGCGGCGGACGACCCGAGCAGGCCGGCGCUGGACGGGGACCUGCUGUACGGGCUGGGCCUGAAGGCGAUAGCCGGCGUGGACUUUGAGUGGGUCGAGCAGCUGCUGUGGCUGAGGGGCCUGCGGGAACUGCACGUCAAGGCCAUCGUCGAGUACUGCCCGCCGCCCGUGAGCGAGACCAUGGCGUUUUGGGUCAGCUUUUCCAAGAGCGUCGAGAAAGGCUUCAAGGAGUGGAUCAGAGGGGUGAUGUUGGUCUAA